UUAUUCAACUGAAAUUCCAGAGUGGUUCAGCCAUCAGAACCUUGGGUCAUCUAUAAGAAUGCCAUUACCUUUGGAUCUGCAUGAUAAUAGUAGUUGGAUAGGGAUUGCUCUGUUUGCUAUUGUUUUAGUCCAUAAAAAUUUGAUCAGUCAAGAUUAUAAAGUUUUUAUCAAAUUUAAUUGUAGAUCAGACAUGGUUGAAGGUCCUGUAGGUAGACGUCCCUUGGUCUUUGACAUCUCUAAAUUCCUACCUGAUCCCUUUCGCCAUGCUAAUUCAUUUAGUUUUAAGUUCCUUGUUCGAGCUCGGCAACUUAGAGACCAUCUAAAGGAAUGCAGUUGGAUUAGCACUUUGAUUACGAGUGACAGCCCUCAUGUCCAAAUAAAGAUGUGUGGUGCCCGUGCAGUUUACAAGCAAGAUCUGAAAAAUUUUGUACAAGCUAAAGUCAAGAUCAAGCAAAGAACCAAAUGCCAGAUGGAUAAGGUGGAAUCUAGUCAGUCCAAUGACCGGCUUAAAGAAAAGCUAAUGUCAUUGCUUUUAACAGUGUAUCAGGGAGACUUGGCUCGAAACCAUAAAUAUGAUUAUGUCUUUCCUCAUAUGUCAGUUCCAGACUGGUUCAGUAAUCGAAGUUUUUGUUCCGACAUAAGAAUUAAACUGCCCAGCAAUUUGCAGCGUGAAGGGAGAUGGAUGGGAAUCGCUGUGUGUGCUUAUUAUACUGUGCAAGAGCGACCAGCAAUUUCUGGUGACAAUAAGGAUUUAACAAGUUUUCUCAACUUCUAUAAUCCUUUAGUUAGUCAUCGAGUUUGCCUCACUCGUCACAGGGUCUUUCAGGAAUCUAAAGACAUUUUUCUUGAGUCAUCCCAUCGAAUUUUGGUAUUUUAUAUACCACACGUGUUACUUCGGCUGGAAAAGUGUCGACAUAUCGGGGCUUCAUUUGAACACAAUAAACCAGAUGUGCAGGUUAAAGAGUGUGGACUCCGCCUUGUAUACGAGGAAGAUGUUGAAAAUUUUGUGCAAACAUUAGCCCAGUGCAUGUUAGAAAGUCCAGAUGCCGAGUGUUUUUAUCAAAAUUUGUUACAUCAAGUUGAGGAAAGGGUGGCAAGCAAAGAUUUUGGUUUCUCUUCCUCACUCCAAAGGAUGCCUCAACCCAUGCCCGUCCUUCAACCAAGUAUUGAAAAUAUAGCAGAGGGUUGUACCUCUUCGGCAACAAGUCCGAGCUCUUUUACUGGUUUUCUCGCAACAACUAGGAAAGAGCAAUAUGCAAUUAUUAUGUCAAGUGAAUCUUUGAUCAAAGCACGAUUAGAGAAAAACUUCGAUGAGGGUGAAAUAUUCAAUUGCUGUUUUGCUGAGCGUGAAAUCCCACUGUGGUUUUGUUACGAAAAUGAGCAGUCGAUGAAAGUCCCGCUAGCUCCAGAAUUUGUUAAUGAUCCUGAUUGGAUGGGAUUUGCAGCAUGUGGUCUUUUCUCAUUUAAUAGGCAUCCAACUGCUGUUCAUCAGAGACUGGGUUCAAUAGGAAUUGAAUCGCUCCAAUUCCGUUGUCUUUUGCGGACCAGCUCUUGUUAUCGGCGUUUAGUAUGCUAUGGAUUAUUGACUACGGACAACGAAUUAGUUACGUUAAAUCAACGUGCAUUCAUUUGGGUAAUGUUCAUCCCACGUACAACUCAUGCACAUUUAUGGAGUAAAAACACUUGGGCUGAGUUCCAGCUUGAAAGCUCAAUUCCAGAUUUGUCAGCACAGAGUUUUGGUAUCAGUCCUGUAUUCAGGCAUAACAUGGAAGAGUUAACGCAAUUACUGGUGCAAUGCUCUGCCCCGUUUGAUAGCCUCCUUGACUCCUGCGAUCCCCGGGUAUUCUACAAUAUGUGGGAAAAUUAUCCUGAGGUAUUCAUUGGAACCAAGAACUCUUAUGAGGACGUACACCCCCAAAGGUUAUUCAUUUCUCAGGAGGAGACUAGUGCAACUGCCCAAUAUUCUGAUGAGGAGUACUUAUACCCUGACAAUCAUUUCCGGUGCUUUCAUCCGUCCACUUUAUAUAAUUCUUGUUUUCCAACAAGAAGAACUCCAAUGUGGUUUGAUCAUCAUUGUUGUCUUGGGCACUCGGUGACAAUUGAGAUACCCCCAAAUUUGUAUGAAGACAAUAAUUGGUUGGGGCUCGCUCUAUAUGCUUCUAUUUUAAUUCCCAGAGAUCAAGAAAAUGCAGUUUCAACAAAUUCAUCUCACUUUCUAUACUGUCAAUUCCAAACGAGUAAAGCUAGUCUGGACAAUCAAAUCCUUGUUUGCCGCACCACUGAUGAAGAAAAAAACUGGUUAGAUCUACUAUUUGGACUCAUUUGGAUAUCCUACAUGCCUGGUGAGGCAUUGAAGGAUAUGCUGCAUCAAUGUGGCCACAUUAAGGCUUCAUUUGUAAGUGAUUGGCCAAGUGUGAUGGUGCAAAAAUGUGGGCUUCGUCUUUUGUACCAGCAUGAUCGGUUACAGUUUGAGCAACAACUAAAGCAUUGCAAUGCCUUCAUUUCUGCACAUCGGGAUUUCAAAUGUCAAAUUAGCAGUGGUGGCACUUGGUUAGAAAGAAUGGAAAGAUGUCUGCUAGUGGGUGACAAAGUUAGAUCUCUACUCAAUAAAUAUGACCGGCGCUUUGAUGGGCACUAUAAAUAUUCGUAUUGUUUCCCCCCAGUGGAAAUUUUAGAUUAUUUCAACCAUCGGAGUAAUGAGCCGUCAGUGAAAAUCGAUCUAUCCAAUGUUUUUUUCAAUGACAGCAAAUGGAUGGGACUUGUUCUAUGUGCUUAUUUUUCAAGUGACAAGCAUCAAACUGCAAUUAUUGAAAAUCCCAAAUCAUCAAUUUCUCACCACCUUAUUUGUAUUUUGGAAACGGACGUAGCUGGUCCAGAGCUAGGAAUCUAUGUCCAUCCCACCAUUAAAGAAGUAUUUACGUGGCUAGAUACUGAGGGUGGAUUUCUUUGGCUGUGCUAUAUUCCAUGUUGGCCGUUUCUAGAUAGGUUCAAUCAAUGCAGUUGCAUCAAGGCUUCAAUUAUAAGCGAUUGGCCAGGUAUCAUUGUGAAAAAAUGUGGGCUUAGUUUCUACCAUAUGCAUGAUAAUUGGUUUCAGGAAAUAAGAUAUCAUUGCAAUAUGCAAUUUGGGCAUCAAGAUUUAUUUGAUCAAUUAACAGCUAGUUAUAAAGCGAAAACUAGUAGAGCUGAUCAAUUCACAGCUAGUUAUAAAGCGAAAACUAGUAGAGCUAAGAAUCAGCUCUCCGAAAGCCACUUGCCGGUAAUUAAUAAAGGCUUUGAUCCAUCCUGUGACUACAAUUCUUGUUGCCCUCCAAUUGAAAUUCCGCAUUGGUUCCACAUACAAAGUGAUGAGUCCCACGUGACUUUCAGCCUAACUCGAAAAUUGAAUAAUAGAAGUACUUGGAUGGGAGUAGCUCUAUGUGCAGUUUUUUCAAUUAAUAAGGAUGUGGCUAACCUCAAUGACGUUAUGGAUUCAAAAUCUUCUUACAAACUUAUUUGUCACUUGAAAGCAAGUAAUGGCCUGAGUGUGAAACCUCGCCAUAUCUAUUGGCCAACAAAAGAAGAUAUCAUGAUGUCACUGCUAGGUGGAUUCACUUGGCUGACCUAUAUACCACGUGGGUCGUUUCCUGAUUGGCUAUAUGAUUGUGCCUCCAUUAAGUUUUCAUUUAAGACAAAUUGCCAUGGCUUGAAGGUGCAGAAGUGUGGCCUCCAUGUAUUGUCCCAGAAUUCUGUGGAAAAGUUCAAGAACUGCAUGAACUCCCAGUCUGAUAUUUCGGCCAUCCUUAAUCAAAAGAAGCUUGAGAAUGAAAAUAGAAAAAUGAGGUCUUUGAUUCGGAAUGAACUCGGCAAAAAUGACACACCGGGCUUUGAUCGAUGCAUUUCCUAUAAUCCCCGUUUGCCUUCAAGUGAAAUUUUGGAGUGGUUCAAUCAUCGGAGCUAUGAGCCCCGGUUGACAAUCCCUCUACCUCCAAAUUUGUACAAUGAUAGUGCUUGGAUGGGUUUGGUUCUAUGUGCUUAUUUUGCUAUGGAUGUGAAAACAACUGCCCACUUUGACAUUCCGGAUUCAGAUACUAAUUAUGACCUUAUUUAUCAUUUGGAAACCAAUGUUGGUAGUGUGAGACCUCUUGAUGGUUAUAGCCUGACUAAAGAAGAUCUCGUGAUGCUACAGGAAGGUGGAUGCAUUUUGCUAUCCUAUAUUGAGCGUGGGUCGUUUCAAAAUUAUCCGAAUCAAGUCACCAGCAUUAUGGCUUCAUUUGGAACUGACUGCCCAGGUUUGAAGGUGGAGAAAUGUGGCCUUCGUCUCUUGUACCAUUAUGAUUUGGAAGAGUUUGAGGAAACAAUAAGCCAUAGCAUGUACUCCUUGUCUGAAGAUUGGGAUCUCAUCCAUCAAUUGACAACUGAUGAUGUAAAUAGGGAGAAGCAAAAGCAUGAUGGUGUAGGAACAUCUAGUAGAACCUCCAGCUCUAGGAAAGAGUCUAAUUUUGGAAGUCAGAGGGGACCCAUUGAUCCUAAAGACAAGGGCAAGCGAGUUCUAGAAGAAUAAUUUCUCUUAUGGGGCUCUUCCUUCUGAAAUUAUUGGGUUGAGCUUGGAGUGGAAGGGACUGUCCUAAGGCUAAUCUAAUGGAUCCAUCUGACCCGAAGCAUGGAGGACUGUUUUGAAUGAAUGGGUCAGUUGAAAUCGGGUUUGAAAAGUCAAAAAAAUAUUCAGGGUGUUUGGACAGGUGGCAAGUUUAAUAGAGCUUCUAGGUUCUUGAUUGUGUAAAUUUGUUGGUAGAUGUGUAACAUUGGUAGUAUAUUUAUGUUUUCAGUUGUUGAUGUAAAUUUGUGUAAUUUUAUGUCUUUUCGAUGAGAUUUAUAAAUUUAAAUGUCUUUUUUUGUUAAGAGUAAAUUUGCAGAGAAGUGAAGGUGAGCUUUCUAGAAGCAUAUUGAUAUUAAAUAGACCUGUUAAUAUAAUAAAAAGCCUCAAUUUUUUAUCUUUAUGUUGUCGAGCAUAAAGUGCACAACCUAGCCCAUUAGGUUAUGCCAAUUUUUUAUUUUUAUUUUUUAAUCCUUCUGUUCAAUUUGAAUUUCUAUUAUAUAACAUUUGGGUUUUAUUUAUGUUCAAUCAAUUUCAAAUUGUGAAUUAAGAAUGGCAGAGAGGAAAUUUUAUAUAAGCUGAUAUUGAGCAUUUCCCACUGCAAUCAGGAGUACUUGUCCACCCUGUCUUGAUUUUCCCAAUUCAUGUGAAGGGGGCUGCUAGUAGCUUGAUGGUGCUGGUGAACUGGUUUAGUGCUUAGGCAGUUUCCUUUACAGUCAAUUUUCUUAUGAAAUGGAGUUCCUCAUACUUUUUUCAUCUACUCUGCAUAGAAUCCUAGAGGGGGAGAAGGCUACAAAUAAUUGAACAGACAAUAGCUGGAGAUACUAGAUCAUUGGAUUUUGUUUUGGCUCAAAUAUCAUCUUCAUUUGGUGCUGAGAAUUGAAGUUCAAACACGGCAAGAAGAGUUUAAACUAUCUGUUUUAUUAGCAAUUUUUUUGGGCACCAUGUAGAUUAAAUUUAUGGGCAAAAGAAGGAAGAUGAAAUGAAAAUUAUUUGUGGGUUGGACAAUAGACAGCAGAGACAAUUUUUAACAAGCAUAAAUAUGUAUGCUUGUGUUCAUGUAAAAGAACAUAGGGAUUACUACUUCUAUCCAAUUUUUGCAGAGUUUUCUGUUAUA